GUGGCAAAUGCGGUGAAUUGGGUUGUCUUGUCUCUGAAGUCAGCAGCAGUUAAGUUUUCUAUCGGAACCUUUAGGCCAAAAGAUGGAGAACCACUUCGAUGUAAGUGCCCUCACCAACCUGAGCGUCCUAUCAGCUGUGGGAAAUGCUUGCAGAAUCGACUUCAGUCAAGACGGCAUCUUCCUUCCCAUCCUGUAUGGAAUCUUCUUCAUCAUUGGCACCCCUUUGAACCUGUUGGCGCUUUUUGGGCUCUACAAACUAAUCCAAUCAGAGAACGUUCUACCCGUGUACGUCAUCAACCUGCUGAUCGCAGAUCUAAUUCAACUCCUGAUUUUGCCUUUAUGGAUAGACUAUUAUGCCAACGGACACUAUUGGCGCUUCGGAACCCGGAGUUGUCAGUUUACGGGUCUGAUUUUUUACAUUAGCAUUUACGCGGGCAUCUUCUUCAUGUGUAUCAUCGCUCUAGAGCGUCAUCUGGCCAUCGCUAGACCUCUCAGCUUUAAGCAUCUGCGUAACUUGAGGUUUGCCCCCUGGAUAGCACUCGCCAUUUGGAUACUAAUUGCGGUGCCACCUACCAUCGCUUUUGACAAGCUCUUUCCCAAGCAGGAAAAUUACACUCUUUGUAUCGAGAAGUAUCCCUCAGAGGGUAGUUUCAUCACCUACAGGCUGAUUACUCUGCUUGUGUCCUUCAUCAUACCCCUGAGCUUCAUUGUUGGUCUCCACAGAGAGACCGUCCGCUCACUGAUGGCAAUCAACACGCUUUUAUCCGAGGAUAAGAGGAGUAUCAGGGGUCUGCUCACCCUUCUAGUGGCUGUAUUUGUCACGGUGCUGGGGCCCUAUCAUUUCAUCGGCUGUGUGAAGUACGUUGGACUGCUGAUACACAGCAAUGCGUGCGUUUGGGAGAAGGCUGUGUUUGUGCCCUAUCAGUUAACACGAGGCUUUCUGAGCCUUAACAGCUUGCUGGAUCCUGUGUUUUACAUCUUUCUCCGCAGAGACUUCCGUGACACCGCUGGGAACUACUUGCCCUGCCUGAGGAGAUCGAGGACCAAAUCGUGUCGGACAGAGAAACCAACAUGCUCCAGUCAAGACUGUGAUUAAAUAUUUACCCCUGGUUAUAUACAGUAUUUGAAAUACAAUUUGGACAAAUAACUAUGAAACUAUGCCAAACUCAUGAGGCCAUAUAAUAGGAUCUAUGGUGGAGCCAUCAUUUAACUCUUUUCCCACCAGCGUUUAAAAGAAAAAAAAGUUGCCAGUCACCGCCAGCAUUUUUUUAUCAUUUUCACAAACAUUUAUUGGCCCCUAGAAUAUUUUGUUGUAUGAAUAUCGGAACAUGCAAUGUAUCGAAAGAAAGAACAGACCUUCAGCUUAAAAAAAAAACAAAAAAAA